UCCAUUAUGCACACUCGGUUCAACACUCCUUUAUUUCUGCUGCUGGACAGAACCAGCUCGGUUUUGUUCAGAAUCCCGUGUCUAUGGUUCCUGCUAGUGGUGUUGUAGUGGCCACUACUGAAUUACGGAAUGAUUCUCACUCCUCGAAUGGUCCUGCUCAAUUGACCAUCUUUUAUGCUGGUUCAGUGUCUGUUUACUCCAAUGUAUCUCCCGAAAAGGCUCAAGCUAUUAUGUUGUUGGCGGGGAAUGGGAAACCUGCUGCUUCUCCAGCUCAAGGAGCGGUUUUACCAAGGCUUACCAUGAAUUGGUCAACAGAAUAUAUUGAUAAUUAUCCAUUGCUUGCACCAAGUAUUUGGGUUAGCUGGUUGGUUAUAUUGCUUGACUCAGAAAUCUUGAAGAAGAAACCUAAGAAGGGGUCUAAGAAUGCCAAGCCUGUGACUAAAACUGAACACCGUGAUAGUUUCUUCAACUUCAUUAGUACACCUGAAGUCCCCGAGGAUGAAGAUGACAUUGAUGAAGCUAUGAGAACUGCAUCCAUGUAUCAUAGUUUGUCUUUUCUUUCUAUAUUAGAUUGA